GGUUGCGCGAUUAAAAGCACAAGAUUCGAGUCACGUUAGGUGAUCCAGAAGAUUUGUUGGGGAGGUCUUAGAGGAGAUCAAAUCCUCAAAAUCACGCCAAAAGGCCUUCAUCUUUUUUUCACACGCGAGGCCCGGAUCAUCAUCUACACCCGACACUUGAAAUGGCACCCCGAAAACUCAACGUUUUGGUCUAUACAGGGACGGGAUCGACCGUCGAGGCCGUCCGGCACUGUGUCUACUCGCUUCGCCGACUGUUGUCCCCUAAUUAUGCCGUGAUUCCCAUUUCUGAGUCGGCACUCCUCAAGGAGCCUUGGGCUCCCACAUGCGCUCUCCUCGUGUUUCCCGGAGGCGCCGAUCUUGGAUACUGCCGUGUCCUGAACGGCGCUGGCAACCAGACCAUCACCCAGUUCGUCCGUCGCGGGGGAGCCUACCUGGGCUUCUGUGCAGGCGGCUAUUAUGCCAGCCGACGCUGCGAGUUUGAGGUAGGCAAUCGCGAAUUGGAAGUCAUUGGGAACCGUGAAUUGGCCUUCUUCCCUGGAACAUGCCGCGGCGGCGCAUUCAAGGGGUUCGCCUACCACAGUGAGCGUGGUGCCAAAGCCGCCAAGAUUCUUGUGAGACAAGACGCAUUUCCGGAGUCCGAUGCGCUGCCCAAUGUCUUCAAAUGCUACUACAACGGCGGCGGAGUGUUUGCCGAUGCGGAUACUGUCGGCAAAGACUCUAAUGCUGUGGAGGUGCUUGCCGAGUAUGCAGACGAACUUGCAGUGGAAUCUGGGGAUUGCAAAGCCGCCGUCGUGUACUGCAAGGUUGGCCAAGGGGGCGCCAUUGUCGCCGGUCCGCAUCCUGAGUUCGACCCGGUCCUUCUUAGCCAGCAGCCGGACAUCCCAGGGUACAAUGUCCUUCUCGAUGAGCUUGUGGCGGAUGAGGAUGCUAGGCUCGCCUUCUUGAAGGCGUGUCUGACCAAACUUGGCCUAGAAGUUAGUCAAGGAACAUCGGUCGCGCCCAGUCUCUCCAAACUCCACCUUACUUCCCUCCAUCACACCGAGGUCGGUGAGAUGCUGUACUCUUUUGACGACAUAAUAACGAAAGUAGACGGUGAAGAGUAUAUCAAAGGAGACAAUGACUUGUUCCAUCUCGAGAAACCAGAUUCGAGGUGGUCAUUGGCGUCUCUAAGCCAAGCGCUCUCAAAUGAGCUCGGGGUAUCCAAGACAAACAAUGGUCGCGCAUCGCCCGACCCUACAGCGGACUACAACAGGAUUCCAAAGCGGAUUGUAUCCCAUGAAAGCGCAUGGCCGGAGCCAAAGGAGACGCCAUGUUUCAACCACGCGAUCUACUACUCAAGUCUCCAGGAGUUCAGACUCGCAGAGCGCGAAGCGGAAGGCUGGGGUGACGUUCUGAUGUACGGCGAAGUCGUCACCAGCACAAACACCCUGCUUGAGAAGAACUAUAGCCUACUCUCAAGACUUCCCUCCGGGUUUACACUUGCUGCGACAACUCAAGUAGCGGGCCGAGGCCGGGGUUCCAAUGUCUGGGUCACACCUCCUGGGAGCUUGGUCAUGUCGACCGUCAUUAACCAUCCAGCCCACUAUGCGGCUUCCCGACCGAUUGUCUUUAUCCAGUACCUCGCCGCUGUUGCCAUUGUCGAGGCAAUUAAAAGCUAUGGCCCUGGCUACUCAGAGCUGCCAGUCAAGCUCAAGUGGCCCAACGACAUCUACGCUAGAGACCCAAGCAAGCCAGAUGAGAUAUCCUACGUGAAAAUCGGAGGGAUUCUGUCAAACUGCGCCUACUCGUCGGGGAAUUACCAGAUUGUCUUGGGAAUAGGCAUCAACACAAACAAUCGCCGACCGACCACUAGUCUUGAUGCUCUCUUGCCGCUGGUAGGGAGUGGGAAACAGCUAGCCCCGUUUCAUAUUGAGCGGCUACUCGCCCGGAUUCUAACCCGUCUGGAAGUCCUGUACAAAAAUUUCUGCCGCAACGGGUUCUCGAAAGAGCUAGAGGAGAGGUACUACCGGCAUUGGCUGCACUCUAACCAAAUCGUAGCCCUCGAGGCCGAAGGCGGGGUCAAGGCACGUAUUCUGGGAAUCACCAGGGAUUGGGGAAUGCUGAAGGCGGAGGAAGUAACAGCGGACGGCAUCAACGGCGCACUGAGGCCGACAGGGAAGGUAUGGGCACUACAGAGCGAUGAGAACAGCUUCGACUAUUGGAGGGGUCUCGUGAAGAGAAAGGUCUAAGAGGUCCGGAUUCAUGUUGGGGAGCGCGAUCAGCUCAGACGAUUGUGCUCGAACACCUGUCUCGCUACCGAGCGGACGAGCCGUGUUUCAAAGCCUCUGGAGCGGAAACUUCGAUGCCUACAUACAAAUCAUCGGCCAGUGGUUCUAGGGAAGAGCCAGAAGGGGUCAAAACUCAGGGGCCACGAUUGGGUUAGACAAAACUCUGACACCAGCUCUCUGACCUCUGUUU